AUGGGCGACCUCAACAUGUCGGCUCCAGAGCCUCACCUCAUGCACCGCUCCCUCAUCACCCCCCCAGAAACAGUCACAUACGCCUCAGGCUCCUACCUAACCCUCUCAACCGGCCGUAAAAUCCUCGAUGGCUGUGCCGGCGCGGCCGUAGCAAUCAUCGGCCACGGAAACACCGAAGUCCGCGACGCCAUGAUCGCGCAAGCAACCCAAGUUUCAUACGUCCACACAUUGACAUAUACUACUUCCAGCGCAGAAGAUCUCGCCAACUAUCUUCUCGAGAAUGAACCUUUUGGUCUAUCGAGGGCUUAUCUCGUUGGUUCAGGCAGUGAAGCUAUGGAUUCAGCGAUGAAGCUUGCGAGACAGUUCCAUGUUGAGAAUGGACAGCCUGAACGUACGAGAUUUGUGUCGAGAAGACAGGCUUAUCAUGGGAAUACUAUUGGCGCUAUGAGCGUGAGCAGUAACGUCGCGAGAAGAGCGCCGUACGAAGGUGCUAUUCUGUUGGAUAACGUUAGUUACGUUAGUCCAGCCUAUGAGUACAGGACUAAAAAGGAUGGAGAGUCAGAGGAGGAAUACUCUCAAAGACUGGUUGAUGAAGUCGAAGCGGAGUUCAAGUCUGUCGGUCCUGAGAAGAUCAUGGCUUUCAUUGCAGAGACUGUUGGCGGUGCGACGGCAGGCUGCAUUACGCCUCCAAAGGGAUACUUUGCUGGUGUUUCCAAGGUGUGCAAGAAAUAUGGCAUUCUUCUCAUCCUGGACGAAGUUAUGUGCGGAGUUGGACGAUGCGGCACGUUCUUUGCUUUUGAGCAGGAUGGUGAUGUACGUCCUGAUAUCGUCACGACGGGCAAGGGUCUUGGUGGUGGUUAUGUUCCUAUCGCCGCAACACUCGUGCACAAGGAUAUCAUCUCGACGAUGAAGAAAGGAACGGCGAGUUUCAACCACGGGCAUACCUAUCAAGCGCACCCCGUAAGCUGUGCCGCGGCCCUAGCCAUCCAGAAGAUCAUCCGUCGCGACGAUCUCGUCACCCGCGCUGCCACUCUCGGCCAGCGCCUGCACAAACUCUUAGUCUCAACAUUUCAAGAUCUGGAGUUUGUAGGAAAUAUUCGCGGGCGAGGACUAUUCUGGGGAAUUGAGUUCGUGCGAGACAAGAAGACCAAGGAGCCGUUUGAUAGCAAGAUUCGGUUUGGAGUCAAGGUGCAGGAGAGAGCUUUUGAGCUUGGGGUUGCGGUAUAUCCGGGGACUGGCACUGCGGAUGGAAGUUCGGGAGAUCACGUUAUUGUUUCGCCGCCUUUGACUAUUUCGGAGGAGGAGAUGGAUGAGUUGGUUGGGGUUUUAAGGAAGGCUUAUGAUGAUGUCGCAUCAGGUUUUAAAUGA